UGUAUGACUACAGGUAAACACUACUUACCAAGACUUGAUAUUCCAUUUUCAUGAGUGGUCAUUGUGUGAAGACACUGGAUGUAUACUCCUGCGCUGUCCAAAGUAGAGACUGAGGGAAGUCACAAGGUUGUGGAGAGGACAAUAACUAUGGAUGACGUCAGGAAAGCAGUGAAAGAAAACAGACUGAAGGAGAUGUUUGGAGCUGGAACAGCUUGUGUUGUUUGUCCCGUCGACAAAAUAGCAUUCUUGGAUGAGCAUUUGAAGAUACCGACGAUGGAGAGUGGGGCUGAAGUAGCUCAGAGAUGUCUGAAAGAACUGACUGACAUUCAGUACGGACACGUGGAACACGAAUGGGCAGUGGUCAUUGACUGAAGAAAACAGAACACUAUUUUGUACACACUUUUUGCAAGGCUUAGAGCUUUUAGAAAAAACAACAACAAACUUACUAUUGUGUGUGUUUAUUAUAGAUAAAUGCCAUGUAUUUACUAAAGAAACAGUAUUUUGUAUAUAGCACACCUUAAAAGUUUUUAAAAAGUUAUUUUGCUGAAAUGUUAUUGUUUUAAGAGAGAUGCUAAAUGUUCACUGAUAGAUUUUAGAGUGUCAAAUCGUCCAUCGUCAAAUUCUGUUUCAAUUUCACGUUCGACAUCUUCUGAAAUCCUCUUCAACACUGCCCCUCUAGUACCACUCGAGAGAGAAGCUAACAAAGAAGAUGAGAGAGGAAGAAAAGGAGUUUUGUUUGAGAGAGAGGAGGAGGGAGAGAGAGGGGU